GGGUAUCGCGAGCUUUGUAGAACCAAACCUUCGCUUCAAUCCGCUUCCUCGGGAGCUUCUUUGAGUGUAUCUGAAAACCCUCCUCUUCGAUCCACUCCACCUCGCAGAAUUCUGAUGGCGAAUCAUGGCGAGGCCUCCUCCUCUUCGGAACCAAAGGGGGCUAAAAAAGAUUUCAGUACCGCGAUUCUGGAGAGGAAGAAGGCGGCGAAUCGCUUGAUCGUGGACGAGGCGAUCAACGAUGACAACUCGGUGGUCUCGCUGAACCCGGAGACGAUGGAAAAGCUGCAGCUUUUCCGCGGCGACACGGUUCUUCUGAAGGGGAAGAAACGGAGAGAUACUAUUUGUAUUGCACUCGCUGAUGAUACCUGCGAAGAACCCAAGAUCCGGAUGAAUAAGGUUGUUAGGUCAAACCUCAGAGUGAGGCUGGGUGAUGUGGUGUCUGUGCACCAGUGUCAAGAUGUGAAAUAUGGAAAACGCGUGCAUAUUCUUCCCGUAGAUGAUACAAUUGAAGGCAUCACUGGAAACUUGUUUGAUGUAUAUUUGAAGUCCUACUUUCUGGAGGCAUAUCGCCCUGUUAGGAAGGGAGACCUCUUUCUAGUUAGGGGUGGCAUGCGCAGUGUCGAGUUUAAGGUCAUUGAAACUGACCCACCAGAAUACUGUGUGGUUGCCCCUGAUACUGAGAUUUUUUGUGAAGGAGAGCCUAUUAAAAGAGAGGAUGAGGAACGACUUGAUGAGGUGGGGUAUGAUGAUGUUGGUGGAGUUAGAAAGCAGAUGGCACAGAUCCGAGAGUUAGUCGAACUUCCUUUAAGGCACCCACAACUUUUCAAGUCCAUUGGUGUAAAACCACCGAAAGGCAUUUUGUUGUAUGGACCUCCUGGCUCUGGUAAGACACUUAUUGCCAGAGCAGUAGCAAAUGAGACUGGAGCAUUUUUCUUCUGCAUCAAUGGUCCUGAAAUAAUGUCAAAGUUAGCCGGAGAGAGUGAAAGCAAUCUUAGGAAGGCCUUCGAAGAAGCUGAAAAGAACGCACCAUCAAUCAUAUUCAUUGAUGAGUUAGAUUCCAUUGCUCCCAAGAGGGAAAAGACCCAUGGAGAAGUAGAAAGGCGUAUCGUCUCACAACUCUUAACUUUGAUGGAUGGUCUGAAGGCACGCUCCCACGUGAUUGUAAUUGGCGCCACAAAUCGACCAAACAGCAUUGACCCAGCUCUUAGAAGGUUUGGGAGAUUUGAUAGGGAAAUUGACAUUGGGGUGCCAGAUGAGGUUGGGCGCCUGGAAGUUCUCCGCAUACACACAAAGAACAUGAAACUAGCUGAAGACGUUGAUUUGGAGAGAAUUGCCAAGGACACCCAUGGAUAUGUUGGGGCUGAUCUGGCUGCGUUGUGCACCGAAGCUGCUCUACAGUGUAUACGUGAGAAAAUGGACGUCAUUGACUUGGAGGAUGAAUCUAUUGAUGCUGAGAUACUAAACUCUAUGGCUGUCACAAAUGAGCAUUUCAAAACUGCUCUCGGAACCAGCAACCCCUCUGCACUCCGUGAAACUGUUGUUGAAGUGCCAAACGUCAGCUGGGACGAUAUUGGUGGACUUGAAAAUGUUAAGAGGGAGCUGCAGGAGACUGUUCAAUAUCCGGUUGAGCAUCCUGAGAAGUUUGAAAAGUUUGGUAUGUCACCUUCCAAGGGAGUCUUGUUCUAUGGACCUCCUGGUUGUGGAAAGACAUUGUUGGCAAAGGCAAUAGCUAAUGAAUGCCAAGCAAACUUUAUCAGUGUCAAGGGUCCAGAACUGCUCACCAUGUGGUUCGGAGAAAGUGAAGCUAAUGUACGAGAAAUUUUUGAUAAGGCUCGUCAAUCUGCACCAUGUGUACUCUUUUUCGAUGAGCUUGACUCCAUCGCAACUCAGAGAGGGAGCAGUGUUGGGGAUGCCGGAGGUGCUGCAGAUAGGGUUCUCAAUCAGCUCUUGACCGAGAUGGAUGGCAUGACUGCUAAGAAAACUGUUUUCAUAAUUGGGGCAACAAACAGGCCUGACAUUAUUGAUCCAGCGCUGCUAAGGCCCGGCCGUCUUGAUCAGUUAAUUUACAUCCCUCUGCCGGAUGAGGCGUCCCGGUGCCAAAUUUUCAAGGCUUGUUUGAGGAAGUCCCCAAUUGCAAAAGAUGUGGAUCUGAUGGCUCUUGCAAAGUACACUCAAGGCUUCAGCGGUGCAGAUAUUACUGAAAUCUGCCAACGGGCGUGUAAAUACGCAAUCAGAGAAAACAUUGAGAAGGACAUAGAAAGGGAGAGGAGGAAGAGCGAGAACCCUGAAGCCAUGGAAGAAGAUGAUGCUGAUGAAGUCGCAGAGAUUAAAGCCGUUCAUUUUGAGGAGUCGAUGAAGUUUGCUCGGCGCAGUGUCAGUGACGCAGAUAUUAGGAAAUAUCAGGCUUUCGCUCAGACCCUGCAGCAGUCCAGGGGAUUCGGGACCGAGUUCCGCUUUACCGAUCGGGCAGAUGCCGGAGCUGGGGCCACUGGUUCCGACCCAUUUGCCGCGUCGGGUGCUGCAGCCGACGACGACGAUGAUCUAUAUAGUUAGUUUGUGGACUGUGUGAUCAUAACUGUGCUACUGCUUCUUUUCUACUCGUCUGGAUACAUACCUACUAUCUCUAGAGACAAAGACAUUAAAUCUGUUUCUGAAAGGACGUAUUGAUCACAACUUUUGGUGCAGGUGAUCGUGCCAUCUCGGGGCGGUAAUGCCUGAGACGCAAUUAAAAGAUCUUUUCCUGAAUGCUUA